AUGCGUCGAACUCGGUUGGAGAUAAACGAUGAGGAUGUUGACCUAUCACUGAUAGAUGCUAACAGCAACAAUGGGGCCUCCGGUUCCUCGUAUGACAGUGAUCAGCAUGAUACGGAGGGUUUCUCAUAUGAUGAGGAGGAUAUGAUAAUGGCAAGUCCAUCUAUUAAUCUUGUCAAAGAGCUCAUGAAACGCAUGUUGAGGGUACAAAAACAAAUGAAAGCGGUGACACAAAACAUGCAGAGUUUUUUGAAUGACAACACUUUAGACUUACCGUCAUUAGGUUCAAUUCAUGAAAAUAACAUUGAUGACUCAAUUUCACUGCUUCGACAAUAUGACGAACUUCACCUUUUUCUCUGGGGGCGUAUGGCCAAAUUGCUUCAUGACGAGCACCAGCAUUGCGCUGAUGUGUACACGGAUACAUUGAAUUUGCAUGAUCGACUGCCAUUUGAGUCUCUUACUCAUACAAUCCAUCAUAACACUGCUUUUUGUGAUUAUAUGGGGGAGUUGAUAAAUACUAACAUGGAACUUGCAGACGCCUUUCCGGAUAGUGAAAACGAACUUCUGAGGCAGGUUAUGACUCAGCACAUGAAGACUCUGGAAAAGUCCCAGAUUCUUGCCAAUUAUUCUGCUUUGUUGGUUGUGGAAGGUUCGCGUGAGAGUUUUUUGGACCCUUUGUCCAUGUAUGACCUUUGUAAGGUUAUUGUUGAGGAGGAAAAUAGGCGGAAACGUCUCCUAGCGCUAUCAUUAUCGUUUAGCAUGCUCGAACAAGAUGACCAAGCCAUAGUUGAAGCUCUUAGUCAGCAGCUGCCUCAGCUUUUGUUGCAACGGAGCAGGCAUCUUGUUCAUCGAAUUUUUGGUCAUCCCGAGAAACAAAACUUAAUGACUCCUCGAGAGGGCAGGGGUUCACCAUUUAGGUACUACUCAGCCGUAAUCCACAGUAAUCCUAGUUCACCUCUUAGCUCAAGAAGGGCGUCACCAGAGAUUGUGGAUAGGAAUGCAAGUACUGCUACAGGAGUGAGACCAUUUUCAAGUUCAGGAUCAGGUCAAAAUCGUAAAGAUAGCCCACCUUUACACACACCAAAUUUACAGGGGGACAUUUCUUCCGAAGCACAAAUAAGCGGAUCGAAAAUAAGUAAUAUGGGUGUAGAAAAUCAUUCAUUUUCGAAAAUAAAAAAUAAGCUUGAGAAUCAUGAAAGUGAGUUGACAGAGGCUCCAGCAAAAAGGAGGAGAUUAGAACGAAUAAGUCGAGAGACAGACUACCAGGAAGAAAUUGAAAAUUGGCAACCUCAAAAAGGGGAGAAAGUGGGUCGAGGUCCCGCAUGGGGUUUUGAAAAUCAGGCUGAGGAUUGUGAUAUUGGUGAAGUACUGGGCGUAACAACCACGGAUGAAGUAUUAGUAAAAUGGCUAAGAAAUGUGGAUGCUGUCGCGGAUAACGAUGCUCAGCCUCGUGUUUUCCGUUACAGGUACAAAAAGCCUCAUGAGGAAGUUGUUUUUUGGCAACGUUUUUUAAGUACUAAGACCAUGGAUGCAGAGAGUAUUGAUUUUAGGUUGGAAGAAUUUAUGUUAAAUUGCGCCGUUAUAGGAGCUAUUUGUCAUCAACGAGAGUCUAUACUUCCAGCUCUUCAGUUUCAGGCGAUUGAGUCCAUGAUUCAUGUCUUGGAUAGUGUUGAUUUGGCGGGUGCUGCAACUAGGGCGAUAACUGUGGAAAAAAAUACAGAGGCCCGAGAAAGGGCCCUGUUGGGUUCGGAAGAAGAAGAUGGAGCUGUAGAUGAAGAUGCAUUGGAAAUUCGUUUGAAAUGGGAUACAAUACUUCAUAAGACGAAGGAACAUUAUCGUCGGACGAGGGAAAUUGUGGCAAGGGCAGGCUGGGUGUUGAAUGCCCUGCUUUCCCAUAGGAAAUUGGCCUUAGUUUUUCUUGAAUUGGGCGGAUUGAAACGAAUAAUGACGUUGAUUGAUGCAAAUUUAGAAGUUUCAACCACUUAUGGAUGUUGUAUUGUGAUGUCUCAACUUGCAAGAAGUUCCGUGUUUGAAAAACUUUUUCGAAACCAUGGAGAAUAUUUUGAGCCAGUGAUGAAUUUUAUUUUACAUCAUUGGAAAAAUGCUUCUAGUCAAGAUGUACAAAGUAGUGCUGGUGGCUUUCUCUUUCAGGCGCUUAGUUUUCCUUGUGUUAUUUCAUUUUUUGACGCCCAUGGGGGUCCACAGUCAACUAUGGGCACAAUCGAACGACUGCUAAAUAGUUCAGAGGAACAAUUUGAUGUUUUUUAUCCAGGUUUGACUCUUGCAGCGCUAAAGUGUUUUUACGUCUAUUUGGUCUCUCAUUUGAUGCUUUGCACAAGAGUUCUAUUUCGAAAACAUCAGUUCUUAUCAGCUCUAGUAACGAAUUCUUCUCAGGGGACUUCGUUACCUCGGGAACCAGCAAUAGUUGAAUGGAUAUUGAGUUUUCUUACUUUUACUUCCGCGUCUAUCCCUGACGUAUCGAUGGAGACUGUUCAUAGCCUAUUGACUCGAGAGAGGCUGCUGGUUUUCCGAUUUUUAAUUGAAAACAAUUUUCACCAACUUUUACUUCGAUGCACCCAAUUUUACUUUACUCAGGGUCGUUGGGAGUUGCUUGCAGCUUCCUUGAACGUUCUGUGUGUUUUGUCAGUGGUUCCUUUUGUUCGUCCCUUAAUCGCGGAUGCACGGUAUCCGGACUCUGGAAUUGUGCAUUUGAUUAUGAUUGUGAAUGAUUUAGCUGCGGCUUCUCGUAACGGGAAUACGUCUCGUGAGUCACACUUAAUUCCAUGUGUGGCUACCGCGUUGCAGAUCUUGUUGCAUUUAACAGUGCCUCCCAUUGAUAAAAAUGAUGAGGCAUCUGCAGCUGCAUUUAAUCAAGUUUGUAGCAUAAUCAGAGCUAAUGAUGGUGUUCGCACUUUGUUGGAAGUUUUGAAGAUUAGAAAAGAUGCAGCAAUGUCAGCCAAGCUUCAUAUUUUUCCAGUAAUCGCCCGGGCCCUCCAGCUGAUGGUAACUCUUCGUCGUUAUGCUGACACAGAUCUUCUUUUUGAUGCUCUAGGGGUGAGUUUGGUGGCUAGAGAAUUGUUGAAACAAUACGAGGAUGUUCAAAAAGAAUUUCUUUUUAUGAUGAAGUCGCGUCAUAUCAAAAGUGAUGUGCAUGCAACAGGUCGUUUUAUGGAAAACGUUAAAUGCUUUAUUCUUGACAAAACAAAUCAAGCAACCUUAACGGUUUCCGUCGAUUCCCUGGAGUUGGAACGACGACAAGCCAUUAUUGCUCAUUCUCACAUCAGUUAUUCACGGGAAUCGUUAUUGGAACUAAUUUCCCGUUAUUUAGAAUCUGAGGGAUUGCAAAAUUCAGCUUCAGUUUUGCGUCGUGACGCUCAUCUUUCCUUAGAUGCUUCGCACCUGCAACAAUCGUUGCACGCAAUUACAGAUAUGACAGCGCUGUCGACAAUUGGUGCACCCAGUCUGGACAGCAUCAUACGCUCGUAUUUGAGACAGCAACAUGAAAAUUGUACUAACCCUAUUUCUACCCUUCCUCAAUUUGACUUGCGGAAAAAUCAUGUGUAUUACCCGUUGGCUGCUGUUGACUACACACGAAAUGCGUUUAACCGUGGGUUAGCUAAAAAAAUGGGUAGUGACUUUUCCUUACGAAUGAGAAAUAAUGAAAAUCAUUUUGUCUAUCGGUACCCAGGACAUUUGUUUGAUAUCUCGUGUAAUGAUGAUGAAAUGCAAGCAGAGUCGAUCGCAUUCUGUGAUGACGGGGACACAUUAAUUGUGGGAACAUCAGAAGGAGCUAUAGCCCUUUUUGAUACCUUUCCAGAUGAUUCUACUGGGGAAAAGCUACUAGAACAACAUAUUAUCUUUGACAACGAUAGUGUAAAUGGCGUUUUUGUAUCUGAUAAUGGGGAGAUGCUUGCGGUAUUGAGUAGCGGAGAUAGAGUAGCUGUUAUGAGGCGUGAUGCACUUCCACUUGUCAAAUACUCUGUGGAAGAUAGCCGUGCUGCACGGUUUUCUAAUUCCAAUGCUCUUCUAUUAACAACAUGUCAUGAACAUCACACCUCCCGUCUUUAUGAUAUCUCGGCUCAACAGGAGGUGCGCCAUUUCAGUGACCCAUCAUGGGUUGGAGAAAACUGGGACAAUGUGGCCACCUUUGAUGCCUAUUCACAGCUUAUUCUUAGUGACGCCGUUCUGUGGGAUAUUCGUUGUGGUGAUAAGCCUAUCUACCGUUUUGACAGGUUUACGGAAUCCUUUUGCAAUGCCUUUCAUCCUUCCAAUCUGCUCGUACUUAUUGAUGAGAAAGUAUGGGAUUUACGGACGUUAACAAUGCUACAAACGGUGUCUGACUUUAAAAAGACCAGCACUUUUCAUAUUAACCCAUUUGGUGAGGUGAUUUACAGUUUUCGCAGUGAUUCACUUAAUGAAAACCCUGACUGCCCAGUUCUCUCUGUUGUGGAAAGCCAUACCCUUGAGACGAUUUUUUCCACGGAGCUUCGUCCACCUUUCAGAGAGUUCACCAUUGACCCUUCGGGUAGGUACUGCGCUGCCAUUAUUGCUCCAGAGGUGGAAGCCGUGGUGCGGGUGUUUUCAGCCUCGUCUGGGCCACUUCCUGGGCAACAGAGCUUUUCCUUCCCACGGGGUAGUGGUGCUAAUGUGAGCGAGGAAGAUAUGGGGGAGGACGAGGACGUUGACCAAGACGAGUUGGAUCAAGACAGUUUUUGGUCUUCCACUGACGGGGAUGAAACAGACGAGGAUAGUGAUGAGGAUAGCAGUAGCGUUGCGCUGGAGGGACAAAGAAGCGAUUCAAACGACGUGAGGACAAUGAGUGGUACAACUUCCGACGACACACGCGCUUAUGUCGAGAAUGGCACAUCGCUGGCCACAGAGGAUGACAUGAUUGAUGGUGAAGAGUCCGAGGAGGCAACGGAAGGGACGGAGGAGAGUUUUGAAAGAUCGAUAAGUUCCACGUAA